AUGUGAAGAUCGUUUGUUUAAGAACUUGUUUCGAGACUACGAAAAAUGGGUUCGUCCCGUGAAACACCUGAAUGACAAAAUAAAAAUAAAGUUUGGCCUUGCAAUCUCUCAGUUAGUAGAUGUGGAUGAGAAGAAUCAGUUAAUGACCACAAACGUGUGGUUGAAACAGGAAUGGGUUGAUGUAAAAUUAAGAUGGAACCCUGAUGACUACGCUGGAAUCAAAGCUAUCCGCGUCCCCUCCGACUCCAUCUGGACUCCAGACAUAGUAUUGUUUGACAAUGCAGAUGGACGCUUUGAAGGCACCAGCACAAAAACGGUCGUAAGAUAUGAUGGCACUGUGGCUUGGACCCCACCAGCCAACUACAAAAGCUCCUGCACCAUAGAUGUCACCUUUUUCCCAUUUGAUCUCCAAAACUGUUCUAUGAAAUUCGGUUCAUGGACAUACGAUGGAUCACAGGUGGAUCUAGUGUUGGAGGAUUAUGAUGUAGACAAAAGAGAUUUCUUCGAUAAUGGAGAAUGGGAAAUAGUGAGUGCCACUGGAAAUAAGGGGAACAGAACAGAUGGAUGUUGCUGGUAUCCCUAUGUGACUUACUCCUUUGUAAUUAAGCGUUUGCCUCUCUUUUAUACCCUUUUCCUCAUCAUACCCUGCAUUGGGCUCUCCUUUUUAACGGUGCUCGUCUUCUAUCUUCCUUCAAAUGAGGGUGAAAAGAUCAGUCUCUGCACUUCAGUGCUUGUGUCCUUGACUGUCUUCCUCCUAGUUAUUGAAGAGAUCAUCCCAUCAUCUUCCAAAGUCAUCCCUCUAAUUGGAGAGUACCUAGUGUUUACUAUGAUUUUUGUGACAUUGUCAAUCAUGGUGACCGUCUUCGUGAUCAACAUUAACCAUCGUUCCUCCUCCACGCACAAUCCCAUGGCACCUUGGGUCCGCAGAAUCUUUCUUCAUCAGCUUCCAAAGUUUCUUUGUAUGAGAAGCCAUGUAGAUCGAUACUUUACCCACAAGGAAGAAACUGGCAAGAUCAGUGGCCCCACACCUUCUCGGAACACCUUGGAGGCUGCUCUUGAUUCCAUCCGCUACAUCACGAGGCAUGUCAUGAAGGAGAAUGACGUCCGCGAGGUUGUUGAAGACUGGAAAUUCAUAGCCCAAGUACUUGAUCGGAUGUUUUUGUGGACUUUUCUUCUGGUUUCAAUAAUUGGAUCACUUGGACUUUUCGUUCCUGUUAUUUAUAAAUGGGCCAAUAUCCCCAUACCGAAUUAUAUUGGGAGUACAAAUAAGUGA